GAAAAGGUUCCCGGCGGCUGUCAACGACGCUGUCGCGUAGAAUCGUCGCGUGUAAACUUUCGAACGGCCCCGCGCUCGGUCCAGGACUACGAGUCUGUGAAAGUGACACGUGGACGUUUAAACGUGGAAUAAUCUCCGGAUGCCUCGGUGCUUCCCCGAUACCGUGAUCCUUCCAGUGACAAGUGGGUGCACCGUAUCGGAUCAUCGAUAGUUGGGAUUCCCUCGAGGGGGUGAUAUAUAGUGCCGCGAAACGCCGUGGAUCGGUGGAUCGAACACGACCGGAUGCGGCGGAGUGAGUUCGACGGUGAGGAAGCGCGAUCCCUUGGACACCUAACCGCGCGUUCGGGGCGAGUGGUGUGUCCCGAUCGACGACUGAGAAUCGCGGGUAUAGCGUCACGUGCCGUGAGGGGGUAAAGCGGCACGUGGCUGUGUCGCGAAUACGUUUCGUCGGUUCGUGGAAGAUCCCCCUCCGCCGGAGGAAACCAACACUCGAGGUUCGAUAAUUAAGGAAAGGAAAGAAGUGGAGACUCGGAAACGCGGCAAAUCAACGUCGGAAUUAUUGGACGACGCUGAAGGAGGAUCCCGGGGACAGUCGGGGGAUCGAAAGACACGGUCCCCUCCCCGCGGAGGGGAUAAUUAAUUUCCGUGCUAAUUAGUCGUCGAAGAGGCGGACGAAUGCGCGCGAAGGGUCGGCGGUUUGAUCGGCGGAUUUGCUGAUUAAACACGACGCCGGAUGACCCCGGGUGGAUCCCGCUGAAAGGGCGGGCUAAUGAGGCGAGCGUACCUCGAAAGUUUCUCGCAAGAACACGGGCACCGUAGGAACGCACCGUCCAAUCGCCCCGCUUCAAAGGGUUGAAAGGAGAACCUUGGUACACCCGGAGAAAUGAGACGCAGACCUCCGUCAGGCCAUUCUCGACGAAAGAGUAGUUCGAUCUGAGCUUGGAACAACGUUCACUGUGUCCCGCGGAUUCUAUUAUAAAUUCUGGUGCGCGAAGUGAUAGCGUGGUGUUUGUAUGGGGUGGAUCGGUUCGCGCGAAGAGGUGGUCCCGUUCUCAGAUAUGGAGCAAACGAUGAGACACUCGAUGCCACAGGCGAGGAGCCGUUCCACUUCGAUCGGUGAAUCGUGCUCCAGGUGUGGAAGGUGCUUGAACAAAAUGUGGCUCGCGAUAUUGCUGCUUGGCACCCUGCUGAGGACAGGAGCGGCCAUUAGAAUCAUGAGGCUCGACGUACCGAGUAUAGCGGAUCCGAGGCUGGACAAAGUGACUCUGAGGUGCGAGUACGACCUGGACGGGAAGGAUUUGUACUCGGUGAAGUGGUACAAGGACGGGGCAGAGUUCUUCAGAUUCAUGCCCGGCUCGAUGCCAGCGGGCAGGGACUUUCCCGUGGAGGGCGUAUACGUCGAUGUAAAUAAGAGCGACAGCAAACAAGUGACGCUACUGGGACAGGCGAGUAAUCGAAGAGGUAAGGUGAACCUCGUGGGAUCGUACGGCUGCGAGGUGUCCUCGGAGGCGCCGAGCUUCCUGACAAGCUACGAAGCAGCGAACAUGAGCGUCGCCAUACUGCCGAACGAACAACCCAGUCUCCAAGGGCUUCGACCAUCUUACGAGGCCGGCGAGAUCCUUCACGCGGAGUGCACCUCGGCGCCCAGCUAUCCCGCAGCAAUCCUUACUUUCAUCCUUAACGGGAAAGAGGUGAAUACAGCGUUAACCAAAGAUGUACCAGCCGAUGGGUUCGCGGAAGACAGCAUCGUGUCAUCCUGCCGUCUCAGCCUGUCGUUGCGCUUGGAACGAAACCAUUUCCCCGGAGGCACUUUAAGUCUGACCUGUCAGUCUACGUUGCCGGGAAUCAAGGGUAGCAGAGCGUUGGAGACGACAGAAACCGCGACCCUGGCUGCCAGCAAUCAGCGACUCGCACAGGAACCACCCAGAUCCGGUUCCAGCUUCAACAUUCCCCUGUUUUCAACCACCGUUUGCUGCAUACUUCCGAUCGUUCGGUCGGUGUACCGCGGCAAUUUAGAACUUCUGCAUGUUUAAUCGCCGAAUACUUUCGAUUGCCGAUUAAACUCAUUCCAUUGUGAUUGUUUGCCCGAGGAAUCCUUGCUCCUUGCAAGAAACGAACCGCGAAAUGUUCGUCGCCGAUUUUUAUGGACUAUGAAACUUUGCAGGAUCGUGGAUCAGCCAAGAUGAAGAUUACGUAUUGUUUUCGUAGGCCAGAGCUAAAACGAGCUACACUACUUCUUCGCCACCUUCUAUCCAACUUCAUCUUAACGCGUCAAAAAAUAUCUUAUUUUCGAUUGGUCUACGAGCCUGCAGAGUUUCAUUAAAAUCGGUUCUGGCACACUUAGCGAUCGUUCCAGCGACAAUUAACGACCCAGGCGUUGCAAAAUUGUUAAAUUUUGACUAGUUUGUCUGGCUUUCGCCGCCCAGAGACGGGCAAAAUUUCAUUUGUAACGUUUACUCUACUUUCUAUUCGACCAAUAACGAAUAAACAGGCAUUUAUCUUUUUAUUCGUUGUUUGAACUUUUUAUCCGUAUAAGAAUUUUGCCCGUCGCAGUCGCCGCGAAUCCACGCUGCCACCGUUUGUGUGUCGAAUUUUUAUUUCAAAGUGCUUGCGCAACCCGUGGGUCGUUCUUCAAAGUAUUUAGCGCCCGUAGAGAGGGGCAUCGAUUGCGCGAGGAUUUCGAGGGGAUUAAUGUUUGCGUACAUAUACAAACACACAUACACAAACAGAACAAACACAAAUAGACACGAACACCACACCAAAGAUAUCACACCGCGCGCGAGCGUCAUCGAGAGAACAAAGAACAAACACUAUAGCAAUAUAAUUUAAUUGAAGCGAGCCGCUCGAGAUAUGGCGUGUUGUAAAUAGUGUAUGAUUGUGAAUUAGAUUUACGAACUGUCGCGUGUAAUUAAGGGGAAACGACAAACACGGUGAAAGUACAGAGGAAUCGUUGGAACGGAGGAAAUCACGAUCACGACCGUUUGUGGUCGACGUUUUACGAGUAUACUGGGAAGCUGGACAGAUUGCCUCUGGAUGAAAUCCACGGAUUCGAUGGUCAGACUUUUUGGAAAAUGGUAUUUUAUUAUUGGUCAAGAUUUCGUGUAGUUCGGAUAAAAGAGUAAUAAUCUUGUUAUAAAAGGAAGACAGAUUUCUAUCAAACGAUUGGUAUCGUUUAAGGACAUUGCAAUUUCUUUCGAAUCUUGAACAUCACGCGGGGGCAAAUCUUUGUAGCUUCGUGCAGUACACGUGUUCACAAGAACGCACCGAGCGAAGAGACCCGAUUGAAACAAGGAACAUAAAUCUGAGUCAAGACGAGAAGCACAGAAUCAUUGAUUCACAUUUAUGGCGUUAAAAUGAUUGUAUUUUUCUCUCGGCAAUCUUUUUUGGUGGCGUACAAGAAUUUAUAUAAAUAUAUAUAAAUACACAUAUAUGUAUACACGAUAAAUUCGUCGUAUUUACGUUUUACUGUAAUUUUACAUGAUCCAUAUCUGAUCGUUACGAUACGUUUCAAACAAUAAAGAGGAAUA